AUGUCGUUUCCUCUCUCUCAGGCUACCCCCGUAGCAGACUCGUUCGUCCCACUCUCCCGGCAGAGUAGUGGUCCGCUGCGGACGAGACCGACAACAACAGCCACCAGUGUGGCAUCUCAAGACAUCGUCUGUGCAGUGAGUGAAUCGCGCGGUAUUUCAUCCACGGUGGGACUGGCUUUUGUCAAUCUUUCAACCGCCGAGACGGUUCUCUGCCAGAUCUGUGACAGCCAGACGUAUGCCAAGACGAUUACGAAAAUCAGCGUCUUUGAGCCCACGGAGAUUCUGUUCAUGAACACAGCUAGGGACUCCAAGCUGUACUGCAUACUUCACGAGAAUAUCCCAGACACUACCUUUACCUUCCUUGAUCGCAGGUGCUGGUCGGAGAAGGCGGGCCAUGAAUACGUCGACAGGCUUGCCUUUCCGGAAGAUCUUGAAUCGGUCAAGCUGGCACUCGGAGGACACUUCUUCGCGGCGUGUUGUCUUGCUGCUACCCUCAAAUACGUAGAGCUCGAGUUAAACCGGAUUUUUGCGUCUCACUCCCUUCGCAUCCGGGUUGAGCCGUCGCAAGGCAUUAUGUCCAUCGACCUGUCGACGAUCGUCUCGCUGGAACUCGUCCAGAAUAUCCACAGUACCAAGUCAAAACAUAGUCUGUUCGGGCUCUUGAAUGAAACGCUCACGUCGAUGGGAUCGAGGUUGUUGAGAGCCAACAUUCUGCAGCCGUCCACGGAGCAGUCAAAGUUGCUGGCACGUUAUGACGCAGUGGAGGACUUGUCGACUAAGGAGGAUAUGUUUGUCUCUGUUAGACAGGCUUUGAAAGGCUUCAUUGAUGCGGAUAAAGUCUUGUCGUCUCUUAUACUGGUUCCCACGAAACGAACCUUCCAAUACGUCGAGCAGUCCGUCAACAACGUGAUCAUGCUCAAGUCUUAUGUGUCUUCAAUCAAAUCAAUCUACAAGGCCCUGGGAACCGCCCAAAGCAGCCUAUUACUGACAAUCAGAGAGCUGUGCGCACCGGCGGGUCACAGAGGGGUCGAGCAGCUCAUCGAGUCUACCCUCAAUGACCAUGUUGCGUAUCAGACCAAACCGCUGGAUCUGAGAAAUCAGCGAAUUUACUGCGUGCGGACUGGCGUGAAUACCCUGCUCGACGUGGCGAGACAGACAUACAAGGAAACAAACAUGGAUGCCGUGGAUCUCAUAGCACAGCUAUCUGAAACACAUAACCUCAACUUGGACCUGAAAUUCGACACAGCCCGCCAAUACUACAUCAGCAUUUCCGCCGCAGAGACAAACUGCUACCUCCCGGAUAUAUUCAUCAACGUGUACCGCAAGAAGAAGCGCAUCGAGUGCCAGACCCUGGACCUCGUCAAGCUCAACCAGAAGAUUGUCGACGCCCACAACGAAGUAGUCAGCAUGAGCGACCAGACAAUCCAAGAACUCAUCCGCGACGUUUGCACAGAAGUCUCCACCCUCUUCCGCGUCAGCGAAGCCAUCGCCAUGCUCGACAUGCUCUCGACCUUCGCCCAGCUGGCCACCUGCAACGACUACAUCCGGCCCGAGCUGACAGACGUCCUAGCCAUCAAGUCCGGCCGCCACCCCCUCCGCGAGAAGAUCCACACGAAGAAGUACGUCCCGAACGACGCCUACGCCACGCCGCAGUCCCGCUUCCAAAUUAUCACAGGCUGCAACAUGAGCGGCAAGUCCACCUACAUCCGCGCCCUCGCUCUCAUGACCAUCAUGGCGCAGAUCGGCUCCUUCGUCCCAGCAGAGUACGCCUCCUUCCCACUCGUCCACCAGCUCUUCGCGCGCGUCUCCACAGCCGACGACCUCGAAGCAAACGUGUCCACGUUUGCCUCGGAGAUGCGCGAAAUGGCAUUCAUCCUACGCAGCCUCGAACUCAGCCCCGACAACAACAAAAGCAUGGUCCUCAUCGACGAACUCGGCCGCGGCACCAGCCCAACAGACGGCCUAUCCAUCGCACUGGCCAUAGCCGAAGCCCUCCUCUGCACGACCCACGCCCUAACCUGGUUCGUCACCCACUUCCACGACCUAGCAACCAUCCUAUCCGCGCGUCCAGGCGCCGUCUCCCUCCACCUAGCCGCAGAUCUCACAGCGGACGGGUCCAAAAUGACAAUGCUCUACCGCAUAGCGGAGGGGGUGCCGCCCGCGCAAGCCUACGGCCUCGCACUCGCCAAUCUGGUUGAUUUCGCGCCUGAUGUGAUGCGGAUCGCGCGGGAUGUCUCUGCUGCGAUGGACGCCCUUGCGAGGCGCAGACAUAGUCGGGCGAGGUCGGUUGGGAUUGCGCAUAAGCGGAGACUGCUGCUUGCGCUGCGGGAGCAGUUGGUUUUGGCACGUUGUGGGACGGUCUCUGGGGAGGCACUGAGGAGGUGGUUGGUGCGGUUGCAGGAUGAGUUCGUGGUGAGGAUGGAUGCUGCUGAUGAGGAGGGUAGUUUGUGUGAGGGGGAUAGCGAUGGUGGGGGGGAUAGCGAUAGUGAGGGGAAUGUACGCCUUCUUGAUAGUGACGGCGGUAAUGAUGGGGAUGAUGAUGGGGAUAUAAGUCUGGUUGGUAUCCACAGCGGCAAUGAUGGUGAUGACGGUGCCGAUGAUAUGAGUUGUGAUAGCGACGGUGAGGUCCUCGCCACUGAUAAGCAUCCCACACACCACAGUGCCCUCGUCUUUUACACCCGCACCUCAUGCCUAUACCUGGUCUCCUUCUCUUGGAGCAGACCAACAGGUGAGCGGGAUCUGCUCGUCGAAUUCUCCUUCAGCUGUGGUUGA